AUUCUCCCCACUCUCACACACACAUAACCUUAAUAAAAGCAGUCGGAAGAAAUGUUGUGACUGGCGGUUCACCGAUAGUUUUAAUCUUUAUUCUUUAGCCUGUGUUCUAAUAGUCGCUUAACAGAAUGUAAAAUUAUUUCCAAUGGAUUUUUCUUGGGCGGAACCUUACCCCGAGGUCUACACGGUGUGCACACUUUUUGGUUUACACGAAAUUUCAAAUCCGGAAAAAUAUAGUUAUACACCGCUGACUGCAAUCAGCCAGUAUGGUCCUCAAUGUGGUCUAGUCGCACUGGCCAUGGUAACAAACGGCACAUGCAACGUAUCGUUUAUAUUCGAAUUGGCCAGAACCAACAACUUCACGUACCAUGGGGAAAUGUUCAGCGCCUGUGAUAUGGUCAAAUUGGCACAAGAAAUAUUGUCUGAUCAGUACACUGUCAAACUAUACUCAGGGAAUUUAAAUGACAACCAUAUCAAAGACUUCCUAUUAAAUGGUGGUUUAAUUUUAGUGCCGUAUGAUAAGGACAAAGACAACUCGCCAGGGUUACUAAAGGGCCACAAUGCACAUUGGGCUAUACUUUCAGGUGGAAUUGCUACGAAAAGCGAUUUUUAUGUGUUAGGUAGACAUGGUAAAGCCAAAAAUGUAGCAAUUUGGAAGUUGAGCAACCUUGCAGCGAGUAACUCUCAAUUAGUAGAGUUUCGUCCAAUUUAUGAUGGUUGUGAAUUUAAGCUGCCUGAAGGCGGUAUUGCAGGAGAGUUUGGACUAAAUGCCAAAGCAGUUCUAAUCACUAAAAAGAAUCAAUAAUUUUUAUAAAUGUGCUGAUUAAUAUCUAUUUUUAUUAAAUUGUAUUAAUAUACACUCUGUUACAA